GAGAAAUGUCCGUUCUCCCGGUUACCGGCGCUGCAGCUCCAGCUCCUUCAGCUCUCGGCGGCUCCAGGUGUCCUUGAGGCCGGCAGAGGCUCCAGCGGGACCCGCGCUCCACCGCAGCAUCUUCAGGUGUUGGCCAGAGGACAGGUUUGAUGGACCGCAUGAAGAUCAUUAAGAAGCGUCUGUCCAUGAGCUUGCAGAGCGUGCGGCGUCUGGACGAGAGUCUGUGUGAUCUGCCCGAACACACGGGACUGGAGGAAGGAGAUGAGGUCACUCAUGGUAAAAUAGGGUCAGAUGGAGAAAGUGAUCAGGCUUCAGGAGCAUCUUCUGAUGAAGUUCAGAGUCCUGUACGAGUGCGCAUGCGGAACCUUCAUCAGCGCAUCUCCAAUGAGGACAUCAACAAGCGUCUGUCACUGCCAGCAGAUAUCCGUCUGCCUGAAGGUUACCUGAAGAAGUUCGCCUCCAACAGCCCUCCGUUUGACAAACCUUUAAGCCGGAGACUACGGAGAACAUCACUGUCAGAGAUCGGCUUUGGGAAACUGGAGACGUACAUCAAACUGGACAAACUGGGAGAGGGCACAUACGCAACAGUGUAUAAGGGUCGCAGUAAGCUAACAGAUAACCUGGUGGCUCUGAAGGAGAUCCGGCUGGAGUAUGAAGAAGGCGCACCCUGCACCGCCAUCAGGGAAGUGUCUCUCCUGAAGAACUUGAAACACGCCAACAUCGUCACGCUUCACGACAUCAUCCACACAGAGAAGUGCCUUACGCUCGUCUUCGAGUACCUGGAUCGAGAUCUCAAGCAGUAUCUGGACGACUGCGGGAGCAUCAUGAGCAUUUAUAACGUGAAGAUUUUCCUCUUCCAGCUGUUGCGCGGUCUGGCUUAUUGCCACAGUCAAAAGGUUCUGCACAGAGACCUGAAACCUCAGAACCUGCUCAUCAACGACAAGGGAGAGCUGAAACUGGCUGACUUUGGUCUCGCCCGAGCCAAGUCGGUUCCCACAAAGACCUUCUCUAAUGAGGUGGUGACGCUGUGGUACAGACCUCCUGAUGUGCUGCUGGGCUCCACAGAGUACUCCACCCCCAUCGACAUCUGGGGUGUAGGCUGUAUAUUCUAUGAGAUGAUCACUGGACGUCCGCUGUUCCCCGGCUCCACAGUGGAGGACGAGCUUCAUCUUAUAUUCCGGAUCUUGGGUUCUCCUACUGAGGACUCUUGGCCAGAAGCUCACAGCAAUGAAAACUUCCUCUCCUACAGAUUCCCUCAGUAUGAAGGCGAGCCGCUGGUCACCCACGCGCCCAGGAUCACUAAUGACGGUCACGAUCUCCUCUGCCAGCUCCUGCAGUUUGAUGCCAGACGGCGUGUUUCAGCAGAAGCAGCUCUCCGACACGUCUAUUUCAGAGAUCUGGGAGAUAAAGUGCACCAGCUGCCGGACACCUCCUCCAUCUUCUCCAUUAAAGAGAUUCGACUGCAGAAGGAUCCGGGAAAACACUUUCCAGCUCAGAGAGAGUUGGCGAUGGUCCACCGUAUGGGCUCAGCUCCGCCUGAACACUUUCUCCCAGAAGGAGUGAGCCGUGUCCUGCACAACGCUCCGCUGUCCUCAUAAACCCGCUGCCUCUUCAUCUACGGAGCUCUCUCUUAUCUUUUGCACACAGUUUGUCUCCAUGUGUAAAUAUCUGAAUGCAAUGAAGAGAAAAGCAUGAUAGGAAUUAAGUACCAAAGAUGCCCCGUGUGUUUGUGUUUCACUGGGUCAGUCACGGGAAGCGUUGAGUGGCCCAAUAGCCACAGGAUGAAGUCUCUGAUGUCAUCACACUUGCCCCGAAGUCUGCAGCAGCUCCAGUGUUGGGGAAACACUUUACAAUCAGGGAGGAUUAUCUAGAAACUGAUUUCGAGAGGAUCAUGUGAUUAUGAUUGGUCCAGCAUCAGCUCAUGAUUGAUUAUCCAAUCAGAUGAGUCUUAACCCACUAUAAAUGACCAGAGGUUUCUUAUCUCAGUAUCUUUGUCUUGAAGAAGACACGGUGGCCCAGCACUGCUGCCUCACAGCAAGAAUGUCUCCGGGUAAAGUCCCUACUAAACCAGAUGACAUUUCUGUGCAGAGUUUCGCUCGUGCUCGCGUAGGUUUUCCCCGGGUUCCUCAGUUUCCUCCCACAGUCCAAAAUAACACGCACCCUAAGUAAACUGAAAUACAGAAUUGAUACCAUAGUCAAGCUCUCAGCGAGUACACCACUCCUCAGCCAUCCAUCCGGGCAGAGUCAUCCAGAUCUACCUGAGCUCAAACUCCCCUCUCGCCCUUUAAACGGGAGGGUCCCCCGUGCUUGAGGAUCUCAUGAGUUCAGCGCUCUCUCCCGGGACAGCAUGCCAAACAUAUCAAUCAUCAAUCAUCAGCCAAGAGUGAACUCUUGAAACACCAGUUAUGCAAGUAACCAGUACUUCUCUAAGUGAUGCAUUACUUUAGUAAUAUUUGAGUUACAUUUCAGUUUAAUUCAUGAGCUACACUUGGAUAUUGCUUGAUAAUAAUAGCAGGUUUGGCAUGCUGUCCCGGGGGAGAGAACCCUGAGCUCGGAGAUAAUCGAGCACAGGCCUCCUGCCUGGUCGAUGAGCCUGUGAGGUGGUACAGGAUCAGGCAGUUCUCCAGAGCUCCCCCUGGUAAAGGAGGAAAGGGGAGAUUCUUCAACAAAUGAAGAUAAGGGAGUGAUGUAGUCAGGCUGUUUAGAGUGAGUUUGGAAUAAUCCGGCGUUUCCAAAACCCAUCAUUAGCCAACUAAGGUCACAAGUUCUGUCAGUACAAACGUAGUUUAUUGAUUUGCUGUUUCCCAAAUCCGUCACUCCAACUUUCCCCAACACUGAGCUGCACUGCAGAGAACAUCCAGCUUUUCUGGCAUCGGCCAAAUCCACUUCAGGAUCAGCAAUAUCUGAUCUGGAUUUAUUAUUAUUAUUAUUAUUAUUAUUUAUCUGCCUUUUCAGCUCUGGUAUAUGUCUGAUGUUGGUCAUCUGUGAGCUGCAGUCAUGUCUAGAAACUCUAACAGAACUGACUGGCCAGACUGUGGACACAGAGAUGAUUUCAGCCGUCACGGGAACCUCAAGAUAGCCAACAGUUGGCCGACAACCAUCAUCACACUGCAGAAACACGCUCAGAGUGUGUGUCUGGUUCCUAGUCCAAAUAUCCCCAAACUCUUAAAUCAGUCAGCGUUUUCUAGACGAGCACAGAAUCUAGUGUUGUGUUCAGCAAU